GUACAGCAUGUACAAAGCCAUUCUACUCCUAGAACGGGACUCGUAACCAUCUCAGCAAUGGCACAUUCGGCCAACACUACUAACUGAAGAUGGCUGAUUAGUUUAAACGCUCUGAACAGCUUUUAUACUCCGUUUUAUUUUCUUAUUUUUUUCUACCUUUGGAUUUUAUACAUCUGUUAUAGUUUUCAAAAUGAAGAAUUCCGUAGGCUUCCAAUUUGUUGUGAUUUUGUGUGUUUGCAUGCAACAACUUUACGCACAGAGUAAUUUCAUGAACACGCUAAAUCAUUUAGAUAAAAUAAUGGUUCAAACACAAGUGUUAAGAGACAUUGUCCAAGCUGAGAUGGCCAAGCAGGGGAUUCCGUCUGGGCCGGGCGCUCCCCCUCCCUCUAAUGUGGCAUAUUCCUCGUUCGUGGAUGAAGUGGCAGGAAGGUUACAGAUUCUAGAGGAUACCGUGUCCGGGCUUAAUUCUGUGAUGAACAGGUGCCACCACCAACCACCAGCUCCUUCACCGCCUACAAACGUCAUCGCGGAGUCAGCUACCACAGACAACGUUUCCUCCAUUGUUGUCCGGUGGGACCCCCCACAACCCGUCCCCGACAAUCUCCAGUACAAGGUCUACUUUGCCGCUGUCGAUGAGAGCGGGUACCAGCCCCAGGGCGAGGUCGUGUUCAGGAUUUGUGAUGCUACUCAGACUUCGGCCUCUAUCACCGACCUGUCCCCUAGAGCUCACUACCAGGUCAGGGUCGGAACUGUGGCUGGCGUGGUGACUGAAUCCUCUAGUACACCUCAAGUCAUCGAGACACCAGAUAUCAUUCCCUCUGCGCCGCAGAAUCUCAGAAUCGAGGGAACCACACCAAACACUGUUACUUUACGAUGGGACACCCCCGAUAUUGCCGGAGUUGUGUCUUCCUACGUUCUUUAUUACAGGGAGGAUGGCGGUGGCCCCCAGAUGACAGAGACCGUGGACCCACCCACCAUGUUUUACACUGUCAACGACCUGUCUGAAGGCACCCGGUACAAGUUUGAUGUGGCUGCCAAAUCAAACAACGGAGAGGGUCCAAGAAGUAUCCCCGUGGAGGUCAAGACUAUUGACUUCAAUCCUCCCCAUCCUCUUGAUCUCAACUGUACCGCCAUGAAUAAGACAUCCGUCUUGUUGACUUGGAAUAAACCCCUUGUUUUGCCUGGCGAUGGAAUAAUUCGUGGAUUCAACAUCAACUACACCGAUGAGAGAUAUCGGGACUUCUUCCUCUUUAAAACACCAACCGCUGAAUUCACGGAAGCUGUCAUUUCAAGCCUUGAGCCAGCCACUGUGUACUACUUCCAAGCGUCUUCAAGAACCAGAAAAACGUUUGGAGGAGGUGGAGCCGUUGUCAUGUGUCAAACUAAAGCUGAUUCUCCAUCAAAACCAAGAAAUGUUCAAAUCGAGCUGUCCCGACUGGAUCCACCACAACUGACCAUUAAGUGGAUUCCACCAUACCAUACUUAUGGACCUCUGACAAAUUAUACACUUCACUGGGGUGUCAAAAACGGUGCUCUCAGGAAAGAGAAGAUUGAACCAUAUAGAUUGCGAUGGGAUUCAGAUUAUUUAGACGACGCAACAGUUCACGAGUUUAAAUUGUUCGCCGUAAAUGCAGAAGGUUUUGGAGAACCAGCAAUAGUCCAAUUUACAACACCAAAACGAGAAACCAUCGUCCCACCAAACGUUACCGUUGACCGUGUCAAGGGUCCAAACAACACCACCAUGUUGAGAGUCAAGUGGGACCCACCAAACCAACCUGUCAAGGGCUACAGGAUCCUGUACAGGAAGUUCGAAUGGGUGUACACCGGCAGGUGGAAGCUGAAGGAACUGAACGAUCCUAACGCUCUGGCCACCGAGAUCGUUGUCGAUGAGCCUAACUACUCACAUAUUGUAGUGGUCCGCGGAACCGCUAAAAGGCGAACAAACCCCAACUUCCCAAUGAUGGGACAGAUGGGCGGCCAGAUGGGCAACCAGAUGAUUGGAUCCUCUAGCUCUGUAAUGGGCGGCGGUCGCAUGGGCCAAGGCAAUCAGCCUAUGAUGGGUAAUGGUAUGAUGAACAACGGUGGAAUGAAUCCAGGGAAUAUGAUGAGCCCAAUGAUGGGCGGUAAUAUGAAUCCAAACAGCAUGGGCAGCCCAAUGAACAACAUGGGUAGCAUGGGUAACGGCAUGGGCAGUCCUAACAUGAAUAACAUGAAUCCUCAAAUGGGCAACAUGAAUCCUCAGAUGGGCAACAUGAAUUCUCAGAUGGGCAACAACAUGAACCCUCAAAUGGGCAACAACAUGAACCCUCAAAUGGGCAACAACAUGAACCCUCAAAUGGGCAACAACAUGAGUCCUCAAAUGGGAAACAACAUGAGUCCUCAAAUGGGCAACAGUAUGAGUAAUCCUAUGGAUGGACCAAACAUGGGCGGCGGUAUGAAUCAAGGAAUGCGUGGAGACAUGGGCGGCAGCAUCAGUUCACAAGGUGGACCCAUGGGUGGUGGAGGAAUGCAGAUGAGUGGUCAAGGACAAAAUCCAUUUGGAGGUCAAAUGAAUAUGCGUAUGCAAGGUAAUCAGAAACAACCCCCUCAAGGUAGUCAGUUGCAACAACCAAUUAAAAUGAAUUCUAUGUCACAGCCUUUAUCACAAGGGCAAAUUCCCGACCCCCCGGGCUUUAAUCAAGGGGGAUUCCAACAACCAGUGAGGGCUUAGAGAAACUAUGUGAUGGCGAAAGGUCAGAAAGUUGUAUGAUAUCUGUGUGAUAAGGCUGACUCUUGUGCUAUACAGAAAUUUUUGUGCUUUUAUAUUUCAGUAAUUUCAAAUAUUUAUCUGAAAUUAGGGAAAAAAAAGAUUUUGUUUUGUCUUCUUUAAAACAUGGACAAAAUCAAUCAUUUGUUCUAUUAAAACACGUUCUCCAGCCCAGUUACUAAUCAAUCAAUCAACCCAAUGACAAUCUGUGUUUGUUAGAUUCAGUACAAUCGAAAUUAACAUUAACACCUGGACAAUUAUAAAAUUCAUGUGGUGAGGGACGAGGUCAAAAAGUACAAAAUUAAUUUUGAUAUUAGAAUUUAAAGUAUAUGCGGUUGAUAUGGAUAUGCAUUUUUUUUGGCUUGCAAUAUCUCAUAUUGCUUUUGCAUUGCUUUAAUCUAUAUUGAAACUUAAUUUUGACGUCUUUCUCUAGGCUAAAUACCAUUCAUCAAAUCAUGUAAAGCGUCCUGGAGUGCGCAUCAAACAUCUCCAUUUUGAACGUGAUCAUUCAAACACGCACGACAAUAUGGUGUAUAUAUUCACUGAGGCGAGUCCGUCUGAUGUGCACCUAGCCAAUCAGUGGAGUGUGACAAAAUCACGUGCUGAAUGUGACGCAUUGGUACCAUCAAACUUUUCAUGAAAUCAUUUUAUUGUUCUUGUUUGUAGAUAAUGUACAAAUAAAUUAUAAAACACCU